GGGCAGCAGGGAGCGGACGGGCGCCGGGCCGGCUGCGGUCGGUGCGGAGGCUGAGCCGGCCGCGGGCGCGACCGGAGGCAGUCAUUGCUAUUCUGCUUUUAUGACUUGGAGAUUCUGGCUACGGUUCUCUAGAUUCUUCUGCAAUCCUGGAGACACAGCAUUCUUUUCCUCGCCUAUAUUUGUUUUCCAAAUAAACCAGAGUUGUGUUCUGAAGAUCACAAGUCAAUAAAGUGUUUCUGUUACUAUGGCAAUGACGGCAGGGACUACAACCACCUUUCCUAUGAGCAACCAUACCCGGGAAAGAGUGACUGUGGCCAAGCUCACAUUGGAGAAUUUUUACAGCAACCUAAUUUUACAGCAUGAAGAGAGAGAAACCAGGCAGAAGAAAUUAGAAGUGGCCAUGGAAGAAGAAGGAUUAGCAGAUGAAGAGAAAAAAUUACGCCGAUCACAGCAUGCUCGCAAGGAAACAGAGUUCCUGCGGCUCAAGAGGACCAGACUUGGCUUGGAUGACUUUGAGUCUCUGAAAGUUAUAGGAAGAGGAGCGUUUGGAGAGGUACGGCUGGUCCAGAAGAAAGAUACAGGCCACAUCUAUGCGAUGAAGAUAUUGAGAAAAGCUGAUAUGCUUGAGAAGGAACAGGUGGCCCAUAUCCGAGCAGAAAGAGAUAUUUUGGUAGAAGCAGAUGGUGCCUGGGUGGUGAAGAUGUUUUACAGUUUUCAAGAUAAGAGGAACCUUUAUCUAAUCAUGGAAUUUCUCCCUGGAGGUGACAUGAUGACAUUGCUAAUGAAGAAAGAUACCUUGACAGAAGAGGAAACACAGUUCUACAUCUCAGAGACUGUUCUGGCAAUAGAUGCAAUCCAUCAGUUGGGUUUCAUCCAUCGGGAUAUUAAACCAGACAAUCUUUUAUUGGAUGCCAAGGGUCAUGUAAAAUUAUCUGAUUUUGGUUUGUGCACGGGAUUAAAGAAAGCUCACAGGACUGAAUUCUACAGAAACCUUACACACAACCCACCAAGUGACUUCUCGUUUCAGAACAUGAAUUCAAAGAGGAAAGCAGAAACGUGGAAGAAGAACAGGAGACAACUGGCAUAUUCCACAGUUGGGACACCAGAUUACAUUGCUCCGGAAGUAUUCAUGCAGACUGGUUACAACAAAUUGUGUGACUGGUGGUCUUUGGGAGUGAUUAUGUAUGAAAUGCUAAUAGGAUACCCGCCUUUCUGUUCUGAAACACCGCAAGAAACAUAUAGAAAAGUGAUGAACUGGAAAGAAACUCUGGUAUUCCCUCCAGAGGUGCCUAUAUCUGAGAAAGCCAAGGACUUAAUUCUUAGAUUUUGUGUUGAUUCUGAAAAUAGAAUUGGAAAUAGUGGAGUAGAAGAAAUAAAAGGUCAUCCCUUUUUUGAAGGUGUAGACUGGGGGCACAUCAGGGAAAGGCCAGCUGCAAUCCCUAUAGAAAUCAAAAGCAUUGAUGAUACUUCAAAUUUUGAUGACUUUCCUGAAUCUGAUAUUUUACAACCGGUGCCAAACACCACAGAACCGGACUACAAAUCCAAAGACUGGGUUUUUCUCAAUUAUACCUAUAAAAGGUUUGAAGGGUUGACUCAGCGUGGCUCCAUCCCCACCUACAUGAAAGCUGGGAAAUUAUGAAUGAAGAUCACAUUCUCCCACAACCAAGAGAACUCAGGUAGCUGCAUCACCAGGCUUGCUUGGCGUAGAUAACAGUACACUGAAAUACUCCUGAAGACGGUGGUGCUUAGGACUACAAGAGGAAAUUCUACAGGACUAGGAUUUCUAAGACUACUACAGGAAUUGGUUGGCAGUGCCAGCUGGCUUUUUUUUUUUUAAUAUUUUAUUAUUUUUGUUAACUUUAUUAUACGAAGGUACUGGAAUAAAAGAAACGUACAUCCCUUUCUAACUGCACUGCCUACAUGCGUAUUGAGGUCCAUUCUGCCUGUGUCUGCUGUGGCUUUGUACUGUAACACCUCUAAUCAAUUCAGGAGAAACACAUAUCAUUUAAAGCAACAUAGGCUCACCUGUAGGUAACACUGCAGUAUUGCUUUUUUACUGCAAAUCUUAUGGGUCUAGAUAAUCAAUAAAAGCCAUCUUCCAUAGUUGGUGUUAGAACACUUGCCCUAUUGGUUUGGACAUCUAUAGAAUAUAUAUGAAGACAAUUUCUGUAAUGGUUUUAAGAAAUUUUAAAAAGGAAAUUAUUUAAAAAAUAGAAUUUAUCAUCAUGUUAUUACACAAACUCCACAGUCAGGAGUGGCAAGUUUAUAAUGAGGAGGAAGUUCAACACCUUCACUCGAGCACUCCACUAAUAUAUUUACUUUGCAUUGAUAAAUACUGAUGACCUUUCUCUACGUAGUCUGUAUACUCAUAGGGAGAUGUACUGUAUCGUAUAAAAUGUAAAGUUGCUUUUCUUGUGACAAGAGGACUUCUUUUUUAACAAGAGGACAUGGCAUUAUUUUAAUUUGAUUAUGGUGAGUUGAAUUUAAGAAAUGACCAUGAAGGCUGCUUGUAGAACCUAGUGUAUUUUUAUUAAACUAUUUUUUUAAAUGUCAAACUUCUGAUCAUGUAAAUGGACUUGUAGAGAACAAAGAGCUAUUGACUUUGGUUUUCUAGAAAGUUGUUACAUAUCAUGGCUGGUUAACUUUUGUUUCUUUUGAUGACAGUUUUUCCUUUGAUAGUACUUGUAUUAUUGUGCCAUUAUUUUCUUAUACUCCAAACGUACCAAAGAUCCUGAACAGCGUGGAUGUUCACAACUGAGCGGAGUUUUACUUUCCCGUGGGAGUGCUGUAUUCAGACGUGACAGAUCUUUGAUAGAGAUCAGCUAAUUCAAGGGCAAUAUUGUUCAUGUUUAGCUACAUCACUGUGGUUAAUGUAAAUGGACUUAAGGAAGUAAAUGCAGGCCGGGGAGUGGGGGUGUCAUUAGAGGAUAGGGGAGACGAUGACAGCAUCAAAUUCUUUGGGUAUUUCCCUAAGAGUUAAAUAAUGUUUUCUAGCUCAACAUUUUAAUUCUAAAAGGACUCUCUGAGGCUUUGGUUUCCUAAGGACUAGUUGAGGAAUACUACUUUAUCAAAGAAUGGCCUAAUACUUGUCUUAACUGUUAAUUGAGAAAAUUUUUUUUAAGCUAUAACAAUUAUAACCGUUACAAAUGAUCUGUGAUCAGAAUCUAAAAUGAUGAUUUAUUUGUAGGGAUGUUCUUCCUAAUGGGGAAGAAUUGCAUAGGAUCAUUAUACAAAUCUACAAAAAUUUUUAUAAAUGUUGCUGCUAGGUAGCUCUACAGUGUUUCGAUUAGGCCAUCCUGGGUUUUUUCCCCUCUGUUCACUCUCUUCCUUUUCUUCCUUCCUUCCUUCCUUUCAUUCAUUCAUUCUUUCUUUCUAGUAUUUGAUAUUUAUUAUGUCUUCAUCUAAUAGUUCGUCUCCAUUUUUCUUGUAUGUGGCUGUGUAUCUAGGAGAGAGAACUAGUAAAAUUCUGGGGUUAUCUCAAUUUGACUAACUCUAGUUUUUCUAAUCAUAACUGCCUCUCAUUUAAAAAAUCUUCACUUUUGGCUCACUUGUAUGAGAUUUUCUCACUCCCCUCCUUUUUUUUUUUAAAGGACUGUUGCUAGUGUGAUAGUGGAUGGGUAAGACACGAGGAGAUUGCAAUGCUCUCUAGUUCUAAUAUGGUAACCAUUUUAGUAAAAAAAAUCAUCAAUUCAAGUUGACAGAGAGGGAGAGAGAUAAAGGAGCUGAAUUACCUCAGUUCACUUUUUAAUUGAAUAGUAAUAGAACAUUUUAGUUUCCAUCUCCCGUAUUCUUAUUAACAGGAAGAACUUGGAAAUGGGCAGUUCUGGAAAGUUUACCCUGUUUAGAGUCUCAUUUUUCCCUGGGGUUAAUAGAGUGAUUCACAAUCUUUGGGUUUCCUCCUCAUCAAAAGCAUUUCUUAAGUGCCUAUCUAAAAGCAAUUAAAGACUGUGUCUGCCCUUUGGAAGCUAAGAAUUUAAUUCAUGAUGCAAAUUAGCUAGGUAAUUUGCGAAGUACCCUUGAGAUUGAAUUUUGUCUAUUAUACAUUUCCCAUGUUUCUGGUGAACCAUUUAAUUUAAAUGACAAAACCCUAUCUAAUCAACUGGGCAUAAUGACAUUUUCUUUAAAUUAGACUCUAUUUUGAAUUAAAGAGUUUUAUUAUAAACUGUGUGUUUUUGGUUUUUCUAAGUAUAUAGAAAGCUUGUAUAAUUCAGAUUUAUUCAUUUCCUGAUCUAAUGUAGACUUUGACUUUUUUUAUUAAAAAAACUUUGUAUUAAAGCAA